AUGAGCUCCAACGCGAAGCCACUGGAUUUUACCAUAUUCCAAAAUGUGAUUAACAAUCAGCUCUCCUCCACCGCUACAACUCGACACAGCAUUAACCCCGCAACGUCUCGGCCCAAUCCCGAGGUCCCCGUCUCCACACAAGAAGACCUUGACAAGGCCGUCAAAGCAGCUAGAGAUGCUUUCAAGACAUGGUCCAAAACUUCCUUUGAGGAGCGUCGCAAAGCUCUGCAUGCAUAUGCAGAUGCCAUUGACGCCAAUGUGGAUGACUUUGCCAAGACGCUGACGAUGGAGCAAGGCAAGCCCCUGUCUCAGUCUACUGUGGAGGUCGGCAUGGCAGGCACUUGGAUUCGCGGACUUACUGCCCUUGAGAUCCCCAUCAAUACCAUCGAGGAAACCGAAGAGCGCAAGAUCAUUCAGCGCUAUACUCCCCUUGGUGUUUGUGGUGCUAUUGUUCCCUGGAACUUCCCCGUGCUUCUUGCGAUAGGAAAGAUCGCCCCGGCUUUGUAUACCGGAAACACCAUUAUUGUGAAGCCCUCGCCCUUCACUCCUUACUGUGAUCUUAAAUUGGUUGAGCUAGCCACACAGUUCUUUCCACCUGGUGUGGUACAGGUCCUUAGUGGUGAUGAUAGUCUCGGUCCGAUGAUCACAGAGCAUGCCGGCAUUGACAAGAUCUCGUUCACCGGAUCAAUUGCCACUGGUAAGCGAGUGAUGGCUAGUUGCGCGAAGACUCUCAAGCGAGUUACCCUUGAGCUGGGUGGAAAUGACCCCUGUAUUCUUUGCGACGAUGUUGAUAUUGACGCUAUCAUCCCAAAGAUCGGAAUCCUAUCAUAUCUUUGCAGCUCGCAAAUUUGCAUGAUGAUCAAGCGCCUUUAUGUCCAUGAGAAAAUUUAUGAUGAAUUCCUUGAGAAGCUAGUCGCCUUCGUCAAGACGCUCAAGGUCGGCGACGGCACGGAGGCUGAUACCUUUUUCGGCCCAGUUCAAAAUAAAAUGCAAUAUGAGAAGGCCAAGGAUCUCUUCAGCUCCAUCUCAAGCGACAAGCUGAAGGCCGUGCUAGGCGGUUCCAUCGAGGAUUCAAAGGGAUACUUUAUCCACCCAACCAUCAUCGACAACCCGCCCGAGUCUUCACGUGUUGUACAAGAAGAGCCGUUCGCGCCUAUUCUGCCCGUCAUGAAGUGGUCGGAUGAGGAUGACGUUAUCGCAAAGGCCAAUGCCCUAGAAACUGGUCUCGGUGCCUCGGUUUGGAGUAAGGACUUCGAACGGGGCACCCGUAUUGCGGAUCAGUUGCAGUCCGGAGUGGUUUGGGUCAACUCUCACUUCGAUGUUCAACCCAACGCGCCUUUCGGUGGACACAAGCAGAGUGGCCUUGGGGUCGAGUGGGGUUUGUCUGGGCUGCUUGGGUACUGCAACUCGCAGACCCAGUGGCUGAAGAAGGGAUUCUAA